AGAGGUGUGAAUGAAGUGCCAGUCCUUUACAAUGAAAAGUUCACAGUUGUCGUUUACAUUGAUAGGUUGUUUACCAAGUUGUUCUUGGUCCUGCGGUUGUUUUGGAAACAAGUACGUCUGGAAUAAGAAUGACGAACGCAGAACUCGUCGUUCGCACCUCCUACGUCUUAAGAAGAAAAGAUUGAACCUGAGCAGCUCUCUGUUGAAGGAUUCCGAACCAGGAGAUAAACAAAAUUUAGAUGCUUGUGCAGACAAAGUCGAUGUUGACGUUAAGCAACUUUAUGACUUACCUGCAGAGUAUUCAUCGCCUAUGAGUGGAGACGACUUUGGUUUGGCUUUAGAAAGGACUCUUUUGGCACUUCGAAAUAGGUUGGACAGAAAAGACUUUGAUAAGAUAUUUGACAGAAACGAUCCUUUUAUCGGAGAACUGUGAAAAGGCUAGGUUGUGUUUUUAA